UGGAAAGUGCCCUACACAACGAAUAUGGAAAGUGAACAAAGGGAGCGACAACAUCGGCGCCGCAACGAAAAAAAAAUGACGUCUCUUCCUCUCCAAGACGACGACGAGGAAAAUGACAUAGACGAAGCCAAGAUGCUCCUCAUAGGCGAGAACGGUAUCGACAAUGAGAGUUUAUCUCCUGCUGCUCUGCGUGACGGUGCACAGGAGCUCCAGCAGUACAACAUCCGGUCAAUCGAGUCAACGGUCGUGAUUCGUCAGCUGACGUCACAGGGUCUCUCCUUCCAGCUCUGGCCAGCCGCUUCUACCUUCGUAACGCUGCUUGAUAACUACCGACGUGACCCUAGCAGCAGCCCACUCACCGCCACACUCUCGUUGUUUAAGAAAUCAUCUCCGUUGAACAUACUCGAGCUCGGAUCUGGAACCGGCGUCGUCGGAAUCGCUGCGGCAGUCACUCUCUCUGCUAACGUCACGGUGACGGAUCUCCCACACGUCUUGGACAAUCUCAAUUUCAACGCCGAAGCGAACGCUGAAGUUGUGGCGAGGUUCGGGGGGGAAGUCCACGUGGAGCCACUCAGAUGGGGAGAAGCUGAUGACGUGGAGGUUCUAGGUCGGAACGUUGACUUGAUUCUUGCCUCGGACGUGGUGUACCACGACCAUCUCUACGAGCCUCUCCUCGAAACGCUGCGUUUGAUGCAGCUAGAGGGGAAGAAGCUAAUAUUCCUGAUGGCUCAUCUAAGGAGAUGGAAGAAAGAAUCUGUCUUCUUCAAGAAAGCUCGGAAGCUCUUCCAUGUCGAAGUUAUACACUCUGAUGUUCCUCAACAAGGUUCUAGAAUCGGUGUUGUGGUUUACCGUUUUGCCACGAAACAACCAAAUCAAAAUGGUCGGCUUGUUUCGAGUUAACAUGCAGCAGCAGUUGCAUUAUCUAGAUCCGUUAAUUUCCUUAAUAAAACUUUCCCAAAAUAUGUUUGUCAAUUUAUUCAAGUGGUUAUUAAAUUACGUAUGAGUGAGAGAGUUCAUGGAAAAGGAAAAGUAUUUAAGGCUCUUCGGAGUCUACGUAUAGUCCAAAAGAAAAAUAUCAACGUAAGCAGCCUCUGAAGAAGGGAAAGUUUCGUACCCAUAGAUUUUUUAUUCUGACAUAAAUGUUUGAUUCUUUUGGAGUUUGUUGUCAAUUUAAAUAUUUUGGUGACC